AUGAUCAUUUUGGAAGUUUGUAACCGAGCUGUAGAAGAAAUUCUAGUCACCAGAUUUGAACAGGCAAAGGAGGAAUCCAGAUAUGAUAAGAUUGAUUACACCGUUGCUGACUUUGAUAGUAUUGUUUACACCAUAAGUAAUCCAAAUAAUGAUAAGAAAAAGAUACUUGUCAGUAUAUUCAUUAAAUUCUUCCAUGAGUUGAACGAACAUGGAGUAAAUGAAGUAUUGGUUCGUGAGUAUGGUGAUUUUCUCUCUUCAGCAGAGCCCAAUCAGAGUGUAACCUUAUGCAUAGAUUUGGAAAAACUACCUCCAGAUCAUAAUCAGUUAGCUCAUAAAUGUGGUCUUUUAAAAAGAAAUUGUAUGGCAGCUGUUUUUGAGAAGUUUUUCGAAUAUCAAAUUAAAUCUAACGUGGAUUCGGGUUCUAAGAGGGCGGUGAUACAUUAUAGAGACGAUGAGACAAUGUAUGUACAAGCAUUAGCUGAUCGAGUUACAGUUAUCUUUAGUACAACAUUUAAAGAUCCAGACGAUUUGUUAAUUGGAAAAGUUUUUAUGCAAGAGUUCACUGAGGUAAGAAGACGUCUUGAUCGAGCACCUCAAGUAUUGUAUUCUCAUCGCGUUCCACCAAAAGAAUUACAGGGAACUGAUGCAGUUAUCAGUGACUCAGUUGCGUACAUUACUUUUGUGCUUUUUCCGCGUCAUUUAUCCACUGAAUCUGCGCGUAAUACUACCAUCGAUUUAAUACAAACACUAAGAAACUAUUUACACUACCAUAUUAAAUGUUCCAAAGCUUAUAUGCAAAUGCGUAUGCGUGCUAAAACAGUGGAAUUCUUAAAAGUACUCAAUCGUGCCCAUAUUGAACAUCCAACAAAUACUGUGAUUAAUACCAAUAUUACGACUGCUUCUGGUGAACCCACGCCUAUUUCACCAUCAGUGAACAAAAUUGGUGGUAUACAAAGUGAUAAUAUGGGUCGAACAAUGCGUACAGGUUAA